AUGAAGACAAAAAACACAAGGAAGGGGUUUGAACAAGAGUUACUGAAGGCGAAACAGUGUAUAGAGAAAUAUGAAAAGGAAAGGGCAGUAUUAAAGGUACAAAUUCCACAUCUGAAAGACAAUAUUAAGUGGACUCAACCAAAUGGAAAAGUUGAGGUCAAGAACAGCAAAAAUCAAGUCGGUCUUCCUGUCAUCAAGUUGAGUUUUACAUUCCCGGAUGGCAUUCAGACGACGCACCAUCCGUCCCCGGGAAAAGCGUAUGGAGGCGGCAGGUUCACAGGACGCUUGAGAACCGCCCCUGAGGGCGAGCUGCUAUGUAGGAUGUUAAAGGCGGCGUUCAGGGGAGGGUUGAUGUUCAUCGUGGAGAAGGAAGGAAAAGUUGUCCUGGAUGGCGUCUCAUUGUAUGAUUAUUCAGUGUACGCCCGAGAUUACAUUGACUACACCCGGACAUUGAAAGCGGAACUGGCAGCCAAAGGCAUCACAGAGGCGAACACAGAUCAGGAAGAAAAGCUGGUAGAGACUUUUACUGUCGAUGGUUGGUAGCUUUCGUCAGUCUUAUGAUACCGAUAGUCUUACUCCAAAUGACAAUGUACUUUUUCAUAUGUAUUAAUGUUCUGUUUACAUGGUAUCUUUCUCUCUACCAUCUAUUUCACCGUUGUGUCUUUAUAGAGUUGAGUUUUGAACUGCUUGUCUACUAUGGAGUAGGGAUGGUUAAUUCACAUGACGGCAUGAAUUUGUUUCAAUACACACGAUUAAUUAUUUUCGUUCAGAUUACAUAGGAUAAUUUCAACAUCGUGAAAUAUAUGUAUUGUAUGGAUAUAUAUCGUCCACAAAGUGUUAAACACGAAACAGUAUUUCAUGAUUAAUGUAGUACCUUUGUUUUAAUAUCGGUUGACAGUUUUAGAUAAUACAAUAUGAUAAUAAGUAAGCAGACAAGGCAAUGUCCAAGUUCAUGUUUUUCACUUUUAUGAUAACAUUUCAUUUAUAAUGUUUAAUAACUUCAAGUUCGAAGUCGCACUGAGUUCUGUAAUGAUAUGAUAGCAAGUUAACAUACAAAAGAAUAAAAGAGGCGCAUGUUGAACCAGACGGAAACUUGGAAAUAGACGUUCUCGGUCGAUUGGCCGUAUACCGUCGUGGUUACCUGUUGUGGAUAUUGUAUCUUCAAAUGAACUCGUGUUAAAAAUGAAAUUUUCGUGUUGUAUAAGAUGUUUACGUAGUUGUUUAAAAAAUCAAAGGACAUAAUUUGAAAUGUUUUUAACUUUGGUAAGAACCUCUACAUGUUUAUGGUCAUUUUAUUUGUAUGUAAAUAAACGUUGAGACGAGUUAAUAUUCCAUUGGAAGAGUAAUUGGAAGCCAUAUGUCGGAGUAAUUUGCUAAAGACGACAUAACAAACAUGAACUAUGCAUACAAUGUAAAUAAUAUCUUAUAUUUUUUAAGUUAGGUUUUAUCCUUGUGCCUCUUAAAACAUAAUUCGUUAUAAUGAUGCCAGCUUAUAUUCCCUUGUAUUUCCAUUGUAUGUGUCGGAUGAAUGUUAAACAUUAUGCUUUUAUUCAUUCCACUAUAUAACUAAUACUAUUUGGCUAUGACUGUGUUUUCUUGAUGCCUAUGUUCAAUAAUACUUUGUCUUUAUCAGGGGAUUAUAUGUAAUAUAUAGUUUUAGAAUGUUAUAAUUGCCCAUGCGAAAU